AAUUCCCAAACCCCGGAAUCUCGGGGAGCACCAUUGCUAGAAAAUUAUUGUCGCGGGCACGGGGCCGUAAACUUGCAGGGCGGCGUUGUGGUCGGGCCAUGGAGGGGCGCGGGUUGGAUGAUUCUGCCGUCCGUCUGGUUUCUGCUUUCCUGGCCAUGGAACCUUCUGACUCCUUGAUCUCCCAUGCCAGGGUAUGUGGUGGAGGCUUAAUCACAGAGCAAGUGCAAGAAUUCAUCUGGGAUCACUGCCUGAGCAAAGCUGCUGGAUUUCAUGCUCCAUACUUGAAGAACUCUUUAAAGAAACUUAUCAUUGAAGUUGAAUCGGAGCAUGGCAGUGUAUUGGAUAACUUAUACGAAUUGUAUGCUCACUACAUGACAUCAAUAAAGGACAAUAGUAUGGUCAAAAGCGAUGCAAAAAUCCAGAAAAGAAUCUCAUUUCUUUUUCCUGAUGGUUAUUCUCAACUACAAAGUUGCCCGCGCUCAAGGGUCCUGAUAUUUCCAUUGCAAUGUUCUUUAAAUAUGCUUGAAGGUGAUACCGGGUGCUCAAUAUGGCCAUCAAGUCUAUUUUUGUCUGAGUUAAUACUUUCUUAUCCUGAAUUAUUUUAUAAUAAAUCUUGUUUUGAGAUUGGUUCAGGGGUUGGCUUAGUUGGGAUGUGUCUUGCUCAUGUGAAAGCGUCUAAGGUGAUAUUGAGUGAUGGUGACUUGUCAACUUUAGCUAACAUGAAGUCCAAUUUGGAGUUAAACCACUUGAACGUGGAACUUAAAAUGGCAGAAAGAAACAAAAACCUUAACAUGGUAAAGUGCAUGUAUCUCCCAUGGGAAUCUGCUUCAGAAAGUCAGCUCCAAGAUGCCAUGCCGGACGUUGUUUUGGGUGCAGACGUGAUUUAUGAUCCGGAUUGUCUUCCACAUCUUGUUCGAGUUAUUAGCAUUUUGUUGAGCCACCCGAAAUCAUGUUCUUGCGGACGGGUUGCUAGCUGUGAGGGUGUUGCGCCGAACAAUAAUUAUGAAAACGACGAACUUCAUUAUACGAAUCAACGUAAUUGCGAAGAUCAUGGUGACGGACCUGCCGUUGCAGGAACCGUAACUGAUAAUGAUGGUGGUGGUGAGGGGCCGAAGGAGGCUCCGUCGGCUUAUAUAGCUUGUGCUAUACGCAAUGUUGAAACGUUCAACUAUUUUCUUUCUCUGGCGGAUCAGGCCAAACUUGAUAUCGCGGACUUAACUGAUACGCUGAAGCCAGUAAAUCUUCUCCCUUACAUGCAUUCAUACAACCAAGCUACCAUUAGACUGUUACGGAUUACUUACAGUCCGUGCCCCAAAUUUCUGGGAUGUCCGAUUCUGACCAUCGGCAAGAAGAUGGCGGAAAAUGAACAUCCAUCGGAGGUGAUUCACUCGUGGUCUGCUCCAAGGUCGCUCAGUACUAGUCUCAUGUACUCCUUUGCUCAGAGGGAUGAUAUGGAAGUGCUUGAUGAGCCCCUUUAUGCAAAUUUCCUAAGAGUAACAGGUCUCAACAGACCUUACGGGGAAGAGCUAUUGUCCAAAAUGGAAUCUGAUGGAAAUAAAGUUAUAAAGAACAUCAUUUAUGGUCCAGGAAGCAGGAAGUAUAAAUACUGUAAGCAUAUUGCAAAGCAACGGUUACAAGGCUUGACAGAUGAUCUGCUGAACAAAGGAAAGCACUUUAUUCUGAUAAGAAAUCCUCUUGACAUUUUGCCAUCCUUUCACAAAGUUGUGCCUCCAUCAUUUUUUGAGUUGGGUUUGGCAGAACUUGUUUGUAUAUACAAUGAUCUUCGUGAAAGGGGAAAACCACCACCUGUCAUUGAUGCUGCAGAACUUCAAGAAGAUCCUGAGGCUACGCUGCGUGGUCUUUGUGAUGAUUUGGACAUUCCUUUCCAACCUGACAUGUUGAAGUGGGAAGCAGGUCCAAAACCAAUAGAUGGCUUGUGGGCCCCUUGGUGGUAUAAGACUGUACAGAAGUCUACUGGUUUUAAGCCAGCAAGGAAGUAUCCUCAGCCAUUUCCCUUUUCUUUCUACGAUUUGCUGGAGCAAAGUCUACCCCUCUACAAUAUGCUUCGACGCCAUGUGAAGAAGAAGUCAUCCCUCCUGAGCCCUCCUUUCCCUCCACCUGAUCUUCCAGUUCCUGCAAAUGAGAAACUUCUUGCUUGGGUUGGUGAUGAGAUUGUGCCACGUGAGAGUGCAAAGGUCUCUGUUUUUGAUUCAGUUGUUCAAGGCGGCGAUUCAGUUUGGGAGGGUCUUCGGGUGUACAAUGGAAAGAUUUUUAAGCUUGAGGAACAUCUAGACAGGAUGUUUGAUUCAGCAAAAGCUUUGGCUUUUGAAAAUGUUCCAACCCGAGAUGAGAUUAAGGAAGCAAUCUUCAGAACACUAAUUAGGAAUGGGAUGUUUGACAACUCGCACAUUCGGCUUUCUCUGACAAGAGGAAAAAAGGUUACAUCUGGAAUGAGCCCAGCAUUCAAUCGUUAUGGAUGCACAUUAAUUGUGCUUGCUGAAUGGAAGCCCCCUGUUUAUGAUAAUACCCAUGGUAUAGUACUAGUGACUGCUACAACUCGUCGAAAUUCACCAAAUAAUCUAGAUUCAAAGAUUCAUCACAAUAACCUCCUUAAUAACAUACUUGCGAAGAUUGAAGGGAAUAAUGCAAAUGCAAAUGAUGCAAUCAUGCUCGACAAAGAUGGUUAUGUGUCUGAAACCAAUGCAACUAACAUUUUCAUAGUUAAAAAGGGCCGUGUUUUGACACCACAUGCUGAUUACUGUCUGCCUGGUGUUACACGAGCAACUGUGAUGGACCUUGUAGUGAUGCAGGAGUUAGUAUUGGAGGAGAGGAGAAUUAGUCUAUCUGAAGUUCAUACCGCAGAUGAGAUAUGGACAACAGGAACAAUGGGAGAACUCAGCCCAGUUGUGAAGGUUGAUGGUCGCAUAAUUGGCAAUGGAGAAGUGGGGCCAGUGACUAAGAGAUUGCAGGGUGCUUACAAAAAGUUGACUGAGCAGUCCGGUGUACCUAUACCCACCUACCUCCACAGUUGAAAGCUACACUUCAUUUUUCCCCUGCAAGUCUUCUCUUCCAGCCUGCUUCUGUUAAAGACUGCAAGUUGCUGCUAUGCCAUUUCGUGUAAGUAAGUAACUAUGACCUUAAAUUUCUGUCAUCAAAGAAUAGAUGUAUGUUCUUUCUCGUGAACAAUGACAGCGCUGUGUUCAAUCACAGUGGACUGGACCUUUCUCCCCUCAAUAAAAGGCCCUGUGGGUAUCUUCUUUUUCCUCA